GUCAUUUGAAACCAACUUUCGUUACAAUAUAAUAGUUUAGUUCGCAUUAUCAGUUGUUAAUUGGUAUUUUUCUCAGAACUGAAUAUAUUUAAAUACUUGCAAUUUCAAAAUUGCUUGCACAUCUCGCUGCAGUUUCAGGUUAAUCAUUUCGGUUUGCUCCAGUGCGAUCAGAAUGAGUUCCUCAAUAUUUCUGGUGUGCGCUGCGCUGCUCCUAGUCAGUCCUUUGUGCUUUGGGUACAGUGAUCAAGAACGGGAGGCCGAUAGACUUAAAGUGCUAGAAAUCAUUCGCUCUUCCCUGGACGACGAAACCAAAAUCAGUAGGACGCAGGAACUGCUGGAUAUUUAUUACCGCUUGGCUCCCAGCUUGUCGCCCGCGCAAAGGGAGAUAUUCGACAAUUUUAUUAGCCAGCACACCGAUGAAAUACUAAUCGAAGGAGUUCCAAGCCAAGGUGGUCGAAGGAGCAAGUAUGCAAAAAAUGCCCUGACUGGAGCUGCGAAGGGAGUGGCAACUGGAUUCUUCGAGGAAUUGGGUAGUAAACUUGCCCAAUAUUUUAGUGAUUGGUGGUCCUAUUUUUAUAAUAGAAAAUGGCAAUACUAA